AAAAAGAAGAAAAAGAAGCGAACAAGAGAUUAAGUAACUAACUAUGCCGUGAUGAAUGAAAUGCGAUGCGAGGAUGAUAAGGUUAAGACAUGGAGCUAACAAGUUUGGUUGUUUUGGUAAAUCAUGGACCAAUGUUCGUCCUUCCUUCCAUUCCCUCUCAUAUUCAUUCCCAGCUACAGAUCCCACUGUACUGCACAGAGUUCUCGAACGCUGUAGAGUCUCUACGGAUUUAAAAACCGCCACUAAAACCCAUGCAAGAGUUGUUGUACUUGGCUUUGCAACUUACCCUUCUCUCGUGGCAUCUCUUAUAUCAACCUAUGCCCAAUGUCAUCGACCCCACAUUGCCCUUCACGUUUUCUCCAGGAUUUUGGACCUAUUCAGCAUGAAUUUGGUCAUUGAGAGUUUAGUGAAAGGUGGGCAAUGUGACAUUGCCAAGAAGGUGUUUGGCAAAAUGUCUGUUAGAGAUGUGGUCACGUGGAACUCCAUGAUUGGAGGUUAUGUAAGAAACUUGCGCUUCUUCGAUGCAUUGAGUAUUUUCCGGAGGAUGCUGAGUGCCAAGGUUGAACCUGAUGGGUUCACCUUUGCUUCGGUGGUUACCGCAUGUGCACGCCUUGGGGCUCUUGGCAAUGCCAAGUGGGUGCAUGGUUUGAUGGUAGAGAAAAGGGUUGAGCUGAAUUAUAUUUUGAGUGCUGCGUUGAUUGACAUGUAUGCUAAGUGUGGUAGGAUUGAUGUUUCAAGACAGGUUUUUGAAGAGGUUGCGCGUGAUCAUGUGUCAGUUUGGAAUGCUAUGAUUAGUGGGUUGGCAAUUCAUGGGCUUGCAAUGGAUGCGACCUUGGUGUUUUCGAGGAUGGAGAUGGAGCAUGUUUUGCCGGAUUCUAUUACUUUUAUUGGGAUUUUAACUGCUUGUAGUCACUGUGGAUUGGUUGAAGAAGGUCGCAAGUAUUUUGGUAUGAUGCAGAACCGCUUUAUGAUUCAGCCGCAGCUUGAGCAUUAUGGAACCAUGGUUGAUCUCUUGGGACGAGCAGGGCUCAUGGAAGAAGCCUAUGCUGUGAUUAAGGAGAUGCGUAUGGAGCCUGAUAUUGUUAUCUGGAGAGCACUUUUGAGUGCUUGUAGAAUCCACAGAAAGAAAGAACUUGGUGAAGUUGCCAUUGCUAAUAUAUCUCGCUUAGAGAGUGGAGACUUUGUGUUGUUGUCAAAUAUGUAUUGCUCUUUAAACAACUGGGAUGGUGCUGAGAGAGUGAGACGGAUGAUGAAAACCAGAGGGGUUCGGAAAAGCCGUGGUAAGAGUUGGGUUGAAUUGGGGGACGGCAUUCACCAAUUCAAUGCAGCUUAUCAGUCUCAUCCUGAAAUGAAAUCAAUUUACAGAGUGCUGGAAGGUUUGAUCCAAAGGGCCAAGUUGGAGGGAUUCACACCCUUGACAGAUCUGGUUUUGAUGGAUGUUUCCGAAGAGGAAAAGGAGGAAAAUUUAAUGUUUCAUAGUGAGAAGUUGGCCAUGGCCUAUGCGGUCCUGAAAACUAGCCCUGGAACAAAAAUCAGGAUUUCCAAAAACCUGCGUAUCUGUUUAGAUUGUCAUAAUUGGAUUAAAAUCGUGUCAAAAAUAUUAAACAGAAAGAUAAUCGUGAGGGAUCGGAUCCGUUUUCACCAAUUUGAAGGCGGUGUUUGCUCUUGCAAAGACUACUGGUAGACAUGAGAAUUAGUUCUUGGUUGCAUUGUUGAAUGGCCCUUAGCUUAUGCACAUACUGAUUGAGAAGAAACUGUCUAAGAUGUGUGUGAAGGGAUGGACACCAAGUCCUUAUGCAUCGAAGUAUGAGCCAGAUCUCUCUACGAAGUACAAACACCAAAAUGCUAUCCACUUGUGUCUUUUGCAUACCUUUUAGCUUUGAACAAGUAAAAAAAUUCUCACAAUGCCCCUCCGUAUGAUCAUCAAGAAGUGAACCAGAAGGAUACCUAAUGGAAGCUAUCGUAGAUUCGUAGUGAACAUAGAAGGAAACAAAAUGGCUGCAUCCAGACCAAAAAGGAGAAAGGGACGUCCACCAGUUUUUACUCUUCCAAAUGGACUAGGAAUCUGAAGAACUCCUAGUUGAAUUAAAAAAUAAAGAAAAUCGGAAAAUAUUUACAGAACACUGACUUUGAAGUCAGUAAUAACUCAGUCAAAUGCUUAUGGCAUGUAGUAUAACUCUUAAUCAAACUUAGGAGCUUUUUUUUUUUUUUUAAAUUUGUUAGAUCAUCAUUCAUCAAUUCCUUGUGGAUUCAUAAAAUUGUUAUUUCUUCUUACACUGAAAAUUGAGGUUUCUUUUAUUAUCAUGGUAUCAAGUGCUAUCCUGUCA